AUGACACGAAAUCCCAGUGCGAAGACUAUGCCCUCACCAACGCGUUCGACGAGAACUGAAACAAGUUCGAUUAGUGAUGGUUUCGUCAACUUACCUGAUCUUUCUGGUUUGAAAGAGGAAGAAAAACGACAUAUUUUGAGCGUUCUAUUACGAGAUGAAAACCUACGAAACAAACAUUUAGCGCGGUUCAUGCAACUGAGAAAAGAAGUCGCUGAUCUCGAACAAAAACCUCAGACAACAUCGACGUCAGUGUGUGCGCGAUGCCAAACGCCGUUCGGUUAUAUAUUUAAUACGGGCGAUGCGUGUCCAAAAUGUGGUGCAAAAGUUUGUAAACAAUGUCGACUUAUGUACAAUGUUCAUGAUAAUGGUUGGCUUUGCCAAUUGUGUUGUAAGCAAAUGCAAUUGAUGAGCUAUUCUGGCGAAUGGAUCUAUUCUCUUCGAAGUAAUCUUCGGAAAGAUUCAACUACGGCAUCGGAAGUCAUACGCCAAUCAAUUUCACAGUCGAAUUCGAUGCAAGAUAUCAAUGAACUAUCGAGCUCGGAUACGGAAACAGAAAGCACAGCGAAUUCAGUGGAAAGUCGAGGUCCGCGACUAUUACAGACUCGAUUUAGCCAACCGAUUCCUGCUAGUACACCUAGCCGUAUGGUUGUUCAGUCCUCAACGGACGAGGAGAAACUCAAUUCUAUAAAACAAAACGUACAAAAGCGCCCUACAUAUCGACAAUCAUACGAACUACCUAAAACACAUUCGAGUGCAUUAAAUGUUGGAUCAACUGAUGAUACCGACUCUGUAUUUGCUCGUUCACCCAAUCUAGCAGCUCGCGUUUCCACAUCUAACAGCCAUAUAGAUAACAAUGAUAAGUCACCACGUGAUGUAGACUCAACUAGACGACUUGACUCAUCGUCGACAGUGCAAAGCGAGCGUGACUAUUUCAAUGGUAGAAACAAAGUUAGCAUUGAUUGUGCAUCUGUGACAUCCUCCGAAUGGGGUGGUGAAUCAGAACGAGGAGAACCAAGUAUUCGUGAAUCGAAUACGACAAAUAAACGCGGAUCGAAACAUAGUCUAGUAUCCCGAGCACAUUUAGGCAGUUCCAUUCAAAGCAUACGAGAUGCUAUUCAUUCGAAAAAAAACACGUCAUCUUCACGAACAUCGUUGAAUAAUGAAGGGAAAAUUGAACCAACAACAGCGGAUACCACAUCGAUGAAAAGACAAGGUAAAGUAGGCAACGUAUAG